AUGGUAGACCGUGGCUACUAUUCAGUAGAAACAGUGUCUCUAUUGGUGGCACUGAAAGUGAGAUACAGGGAUAGAAUUACAAUCUUGCGAGGGAAUCACGAGAGUCGGCAGAUCACCCAAGUCUAUGGUUUUUAUGACGAAUGCUUGAGGAAGUACGGAAAUGCAAAUGUCUGGAAGUAUUUCACAGACCUUUUCGAUUACCUUCCUCUUACUGCCCUCAUAGAGAGCCAGGUUUUCUGUUUGCAUGGAGGGCUUUCACCUUCUCUGGAUACCCUUGAUAACAUCCGAAGCUUGGAUCGGAUACAGGAGGUUCCACACGAAGGACCAAUGUGUGAUUUACUAUGGUCUGACCCCGAUGAUCGCUGUGGGUGGGGAAUAUCUCCACGAGGUGCUGGUUAUACAUUCGGGCAGGACAUCGCAGCUCAAUUUAAUCACAACAAUGGACUCAGUCUCAUAUCAAGAGCGCAUCAGCUUGUCAUGGAAGGUUUUAACUGGUGUCAGGAAAAGAAUGUGGUGACGGUGUUUAGUGCACCGAACUAUUGUUACCGGUGUGGGAACAUGGCAGCGAUUCUAGAGAUAGGAGAGAACAUGGAGCAGAACUUCCUGCAGUUUGAUCCAGCUCCUCGACAAGUCGAACCUGAUACUACCCCGAGAAAAGUCUGGUUCGUGGCUCUCCUUGUACGCAUUGCAACUCCUAAUGACUACAAUACCAUUACAAACAAAAACGCCUAA